CCGACAUUUGUAAUAGCUUUUUGAUUAUUUUUAUAAGAAAAUGAGUGUUGCUUGGGCUCGAUUUCUUAGUAGAAUAGAAAGUGUAGUUCCCCGGCGGAUGCUACCGUUUUGGAAUGCGCCAGCAGGACCAAAAACGAUAUUUUUCUGGGCUCCAGCUUUCAAAUGGUUUCACAGUCAACAGCUUUAGCAGCAACAGGUUUAAUCUGGUCAAGAUAUUCGAUGGUCAUUAUCCCUAAGAACUGGCUUUUAUUUAGUGUAAAUAUUGGUUUAGGAAUAACUGGACUGAACCAACUGGGACGCAUUGCAUACUACCGAUACACACAUCCGGAACUUUUUCAAGAGGUCGAAACAAAAGAAGAAAAUAAUGAAUCAAGUGAAGCUAAACAAGAAACACAAGCCCCAAAAGCAUCAUGAAUCAGUUCAAAAAUUGUAAUUUUACA